AUGGGCCACUCCAAGAUCAGGAUGCCCGUGCCGUCCCUGUUCCGCCGCCGCUCCAAGUCGCCGCCGCCGCAGAUGCAGCCGCAGCAGGAAGGCAAGGUCAACGGGCCACCUGCGCCUGCGGCGACAUCGGCAGAGGAGGAGAUGGCGCGCGUGUUCCGCAAGUUCGACGCGAACGGCGACGGGCGGAUCUCGCGGUCGGAGCUGGCGGCGCUGUUCGAGAGCCUGGUGAAGUUCAGGGAGGAGCUGACGAGGCCGCUGCAGGAGGCGAUGGAGUUCAUGCGAAGGGUGGAGUCGCAGCUCAACUCGCUUUCCAUCUCUGGAAGAUCGCUGCGCAAUAUCCUUUCCUCUGCUUCAGAGCUGCAUAUUGGAUUGGACAGAGGACCAGAACAAUGA